AGCAGCAGCAGCAGUAUCAGCAGGAGGCCAGCACAUACCCCGCACAUAGCCCUGACAGGACCCGGUGUUUCCUGCUGGAUGUCUGAUCAGCCCUGCCCAGUGUAAUCCCACAAGCCAGGGGAGAGGGAGGGAACUAGCAGGCCCACAAUAAGGUCACGAACCCCUUUGAUUGCUCCUCCCGGCAGUGGAAUGUUGCUGCUCCUCGCACACUGACCCAUGAGCCUGCUCGGGAGCUACCGGAAAAAGACCAAUAAUGACGGCUAUGAAUCUUUACAGCUGGUGGACAGCAACGGGGAUACGAGUAACAAGGAGCGGCCGGGGAGCAGCAGGCAAGGAGUGAGCGGGGCGGCAGGAACAGCCCAAUCGGGAUCAUCGGCAGCAGUAGCAGCAGCAUCACUAGCAGCAGCGGCAGCAGCAAGUAGGAGCCCGGCCAGGCAAGCAGACUGCGGCAGCUGCAGCACCAUGGACAGCUCAGAUGUAUCAUCUCCAGAUCUGGAAUCCAACUAUGGGGGUGGGCUCUUGGACAUUGUUAAAGGAGGAGCAGGUCGUCUUUUUAGCAACUUGAAGGAUAACCUUAAGGACACACUGAAGGACACUUCUUCCAAAGUAAUGCAAUCGGUUGCAAGUUACACAAAAGGAGAGCUGGACAUUUCAUAUAUUACCUCAAGAAUUAUUGUGAUGUCAUUCCCAGCAGAAGGAGUGGAAUUGGGUUUCAGAAACCAUAUUGAAGACGUGCGUUCAUUUCUAGAUUCAAAGCAUCUGGAGCAUUACACCGUGUUCAAUUUGUCACAGAAAUCUUACCGUAGUGCCAAGUUUCACAACAGGGUCUCUGAAUGCAGCUGGCCUGUAAAACAAGCUCCAAGUUUGCAUAAUUUAUUUGCAGUUUGUAAGAACAUGCACAAUUGGUUACAGCAGAACCCCAAAAAUGUCUGUGUCAUACACUGCAUGGAUGGCCGUGCAGCCUCAGCAGUCUUGGUCAGUGCUAUGUUUUGUUUCUGCCAUCUCUUCUCGAACCCCAUCUCAGCAAUUCAGUUAUUAAAUGCUAAACGGCCAGGUAUAGGACUAUGGCCAUCACACAGCAGGUAUAUAGGCUAUAUUUGUGAACUGGUAUCUGACAAGCCUCCACAGCUCCACUGCAAACCAAUUGUUAUCAAAUCUGCCACCAUCAGCCCUGUACCAUUUUUCAACAAGCAGAGGAACGGCUGCCGGCCAUUCUGUGAAAUUCUGAUAGGAGAAACUAGGAUUUUUAGCACAAUGCAGGACUAUGAAAGGAUGAAGGAAUAUCGUGUUCAGGAAGGCAAGGUUAUAUUCCCAUUGGGUGUGACAGUCUAUGGCGAUGUUGUUGUCUCUGUCUUUCACAUGAGAUCUACAAUUGGUGGAAGACUCCAAGCAAAGAUGACGAAUACACAAAUAUUACAGAUCCAAUUUCAUACUGGAUUUAUUCCUCUUGGAACAACAGUAUUAAAAUUUGCUAAACCAGAGCUUGAUGCUUGUGACUCCCCAGAAAAAUAUCCUCCGCUGUUUCAUGUGAUGCUGGAAAUAGAAAUUGAAGGCAAGGACAGACAGGUGGACCUAACACCUCCUUGGGAGAACUUUUCAUCAAAAGAUGUUAAUCUGAGCAUCUUGUUCUCUUCUCAUCAGGAACAGCAAGAUGCACAUGCAAUCGGUGUCAGAGCUCCUGUUGAACCAAAUCAACCACAUCAGGAUAACAUAAGAAAUGUUGGCCAGGGAGCAUUUUUUUCUUCAUUGACUUGGCAAGAUCAGAAAUCUGACAAGACAAGUUCUCAUCCGGUCUCAGAGGAUCGCGCUGCCUUGGUACACGAAGAAAGUGAACCAUCUGAUGAUGAACUUUUGUCCCUCUCCAGCCAGCAUAGUAACACCAGUGGUGAAAAACAACACGGUACCCCAAAGCACAAAAAACCUGAGCCACUGGCCCCUCCCAUGCCACUUCAGGAUGCUGACCUUUUGGGUCUGGAUGUAAAUUUAGAAAAAAAUGUCCCUGCUUCCCAGCCAAAAGCACCCACUACAAAUUCUGAUCUACUAAAUGAUCUUUUUUGUGCUGUGACUCCAGGAGCUAAGCCUGCUGCUGAGGCUCUGUUUCAUUCAGGAGGAGUCGGCUCUGCAAACUCAACUCCAAGACGAUCUACAGCCUCUCCAUCCCAGUCUCCAAAAGUCGGAGAAGCUGCUGCAUUUGAUCUUUUUGGAUCUAGUCCUAAGCAGCCAUCCCAGGACUUACUUGGUUCCUUCCUCAGUACAAAUGCCACAGGGAGUGAUGCUUUUCUACACACUACAAGAAGUCCAUCACCAACAAUUCAUCUUGAUCCUUUCAACAUGGCUCCACCUUCAGUGUCUAUCCAGGAUGAUGUAUCUGCACCUUGGGAUUGGAAUACUACAUCACAAGGUGGUUUGAAUGUAGGAAGUCGAUCAGCAGCUACAAGCCCCACUGCAUCGCCACACAGUACCCCUCUUCAUCAACCCAAACCACAAAGCCUUGAUCCAUUUGCUGACCUUGGGGCAUUGGGUGGGUCAUCCUUUGCCAGUAAACCAACUACACCAACUGGUUGUAGUGGAGGUUUUCCAACGUCACCACAGCACACAGGAGGGGGGACUUGGCAGUCUGGUACUGGAUAUUCUUGGCAACAGGCACAGUCUAAACCACAACAAAAUAUUCCACACUCUUCGCCGCAAAGCAGACCCAACUAUAACAUUAGUUUCACAGGCAGUGGCCAGAAUGACAGAGGAAAAAAUACAUCUAAUGCAUCUAAUGCAUCUAAUGUUGAAACAAAACAGAAAGUCUGCACAGACAAUUUUGAAGACUUGUUGUCUAGUCAAGGUUUUAAUGCACAUAAAGAUAGAAAAGGGCCGAGGACAAUAGCAGAAAUGAGGAAAGAGGAAAUGUCUAAGGAAAUGGACCCAGAGAAAUUAAAGAUUUUAGAUUGGAUUGAAGGAAAAGAAAGAAAUAUCCGAGCAUUGCUCUCUACGAUGCACACAGUGCUAUGGGCAGGAGAAACUAAAUGGAAAUCUGUUGGUAUGGCUGACUUGGUUACUCCAGAACAAGUUAAAAAGGUGUAUCGUAAAGCUGUGCUAGUGGUCCAUCCAGAUAAAGCAACUGGGCAGCCAUAUGAGCAAUAUGCAAAAAUGAUUUUUAUGGAGCUAAAUGAUGCCUGGUCAGAAUUUGAAAAUCAAGGCCAGAAACCACUUUAUUAGUCUUCUACAUACUUCCGGUCUCCUGCAGAUCCAGCUUCUUAACACCACCAAACAUACCAUGAAAGCUUGGGCUACAUUUGGUUUAUUCUACAUUUGAUUACUUUCAGAGGAAAAGUGACUUCAUAUUUCUUUUGGAUCCUCAAGUGCAAAAUCCUUAACUGCUCAACACGCAAAAAUCUUACUAUUUUCUUCCUCGUCUCUUUUUUUAUUUUUUUGUGUUAUUUAUUUAUUUUUUUGGAAGACUUUGAACAAAGGUUUUACCAGAGGUGACUGAAUGAAACCCCAGGAUUGAUUACUCCAAGUAAAAUUAACAGUUUCUGUCUAUAGAUUAGAAAGGGACCAGCAGAUCUAUGAGCUCUGUGGGCUGCGAGUAAGCUGCAAUAUUAUUGGUUGUAGCUACUGUAAUACCCAAAGGCCAUUCAAAUAUUAAUGGGUUUUAACUAUUGGUAAUUAAAAUGUGAAGAUACCAACUAUGGUAAAAUACUGCAUGACAUGAUUUAACCAACCUUGAUGACUGCAUUCAGAUCUAAUAUGGUAAUCUAUAUCUUAAUUUUUUUUAAACUGUAUUUUUUAAGGAGCUGCUUUUAAUUUUACUUGAGAAAACAGGAUUUGAGGGCAUUUACAAAGGUUUUUUGUUUGUGAGGGUUUGUGUUUUUGUAUCUUAUUUGCUGGUUGGUAAACAUAUAUCUCAUUAGGAGACAACUGAAUAUCUACAGGGAUGCUUCUUCGUUUUUUACCCCUAAAGGAUUUUUAUUUUUGCAAAAUGUUUGGCAGCCAAACCUCAAUGCAUUAUGUAUGGAGGACAAAACAAUGCACUCUUUUUGGUUGUCUUUACAGUGUGGAAUCAGAAUUCGAUUGGGUAGAACUCUGUCAUUUAAGGAGUAAGGUUUACAUUUUAGCAAGUCUGACUUGUUUUCCUCAUUUAGGCUAAUGUCAGCUAACAUUAUAUUCCCGUACAUGUACUUUCAGGAAUAGUGAAUCCUUGUCAUACAUAUGUUAGAAUGUAUUUUAUGGUGCCUGUUGCACAGGGUGAUUGACGACUUUCCCAAACAUACACUUUUCUGACACUAAACCUCAGUUUCUCAUCUCUUGAUGGAAAGUCAGACAUUGUGUAUAAUGACAUUACUACUUUUUUGUGAGACAGGUUUCUUAUUAGUGAUUUUCAGUCAGUUUGUGUUUUAAUUUCUAAGCUGCUAUUUUCUUGAUUUCUGUUUAUGACAUUUUUGUCAUGUGCACGAUACAAUGUUUCUUUUUAUCUUUAUCUGAACCAAGAGGUAUGGGACCUGUAUAUUUUUAUUUAUUUACACUAUGGGAUUUACUGCUAACCAUUAUUUCCCUGCAGCAGGAUAAGUGUUAUGCUUAUGGCAUACAAUACAUCUGCCAACCGAGAUUUCCCAUUCACUUGGAAGGUAAAUGUGUUUUAUACUUAUAGAAGACACAAAGGUCUGCUAUAGGAAGCACAUCUCCUAACAAAGUGAAUCAGAAAUAGAUGCUGUGCCCGUCAGAGAAAGGAUUUUGAUUGAUGUGGUUGUUCCUGGGAGGAUAGCUGCAAUCAAAAUGUCGGUGUACCAUGCCCCAAGCUAUACGACAAUCGCCGAUCCUCAUCAACCUUUCUCAGAGACAGUUCCUGGUCUUUUUCUCAGCAAUCUUACCCCAGAAGCUGCAGUAAAAUAAGAGAGAAAGCCUGAUUAAGAACAGUUUCAGUAGAUUGUUAUUGUUUUCAUAGUUGAAAAAAACUGAAGGACCAAAUGUUGCCUAUCCCUGGCCUAAACCUUAACCCAAAAAAUUAUACUUUUAGCUACUGUUAAUUUAACUUGAAUUGAAUAAGUCAUUUCAAUUGAACAUUUCUAAUAUCUAGUACUGUCAAAAGAUAACAAUGGUUUCAGAUUCAACAAAUUAUCUUCUGUGAUUGAACUAUUAAGUCUGAAUCCUUAAUCUUUGUUUUGCAGUUUCCACUGGGGAUAAAAGUUCCAAAGAGGUUUUAGAGUUUAGCACUGUUGGGGUCUAACACCACAUAGAGCAGAAUGGUGUUUAAAAACAGUUAGACACAUAACAAAUUGACAUGUACCUAAAUAAAUUUGAAAAUGUUCCUGUCAGGUAAAUUGUACAUAUAGCAAAGUGUUAAUAAUGAGGGAAAUAGGAAAGUUGGGGAAUCUCCCUGGAUACCCAUGUGUAGUAUUUCAUAAAUCUGCCCCUAUUUUUUCAUCCCUAACUGUUUGUCCCAAACAUCCCAGAUUUGCAUAUUGCCAUUUAUACAGUACAUCAGGGAAGCUGUCUUAUUGCUUGUCAUAAAUUGAAUCUUGACAGGCAGCCAUAGCUACAGCACAGUUAAUGAUCAUAAACAGAUGAUGCUUUCACUGAUAACUGCCUAUGGAGAAUGUCUGGCCCAAAGCAAGAAAUUCAACUGCUCCCACGUUUAUGUGUAAAUAAAUAUGCACCCACCAUGGGCUGUACAAAAUGUAAUCCACGCCAUAAAAGUUUACUGUUUAAUGGAAAAUGCAUGGGGGAUAAACAACCUUUUGAAUUAAUACGGAUAUAACAUAUGGAUUCCCUUGAAUGGAGACCUGUAAUUUUAAUUUAAAUUACAAAGUAAUGUGAACAAAUUUGCAGUUCUGUACAGAGAGAGAAUUUUCCUUGUGGCAUAACAGCCCAUGGCACUUCACUUGUUGCCCAACUACAAUUUCCAUCUUUCAUCUUGGAUUAAAUUAGGGUUACUAGAUCACUUGAAAAUUCAGGGACUGGAUCUUCUAGUCAUUGGGUAACCCUAUUGGAGCGGUAUCUUAGCAAGAAUUAUAGAGUUGCAGGUAGGACAUCCCUGCUAUGUAAAGUUACAUACUGGGGGUCACGGUUAUUUAUAUACUACUAGCGAACAAAUCUGGAUUUUUUUUAUUUGGUAAUUACAUUCAAUGCUUUUUUUAUGCGCCAGACUUCUAUUUAAUUUUGCUUGUAUGUAUCUGUCCCACAAAUGUUCUGCUACCUGUGCAGAUAUUCUGUUUAACUUUUUUAUAUGCAACUCAGAAAAAAAAGAUCAUUUAACGUGUGUGGAGAGAGGUGAUGAGAGUGUAUUCAUUACUGAAACAAAUGAGCUUUUGAACAAAUAUUUGCUUGUCAUAUUUAAAUUUUUCCUUGGAAUGUGAAUAAUGUUUCUGUGAUUUGUUAAUUGUUUAUCUUUUUUGUUUGUAGAUAUUACUGUGUGAUCUACAUCUUAGCUAAUAAUAAAACGGAACAAAUUGA